GCAUAGGUGGUAAGUGAUGUAAAAAUAAGAGAUGAAUAGAAUAGGUGGUGGGUGGAGCACAAACAUUGGUCCAAAAAUCCCAAAUUAAAACCCCAACUUUCCUUAACUUUAGCAAAAAAAAAAAAAAAAUCAAUCAAUUACAUCUCUCUUUUCUCCAAUUUUGUUUCAGUUUUUCUUUCUUUCCAUUCAUUCUUUCUUGUACAAUUACAAUACAUAUCAUCAUUCUAUACAUCUGUUUUUUCUUUGUUUGGAGUGUUGCUCUCUCUGACUUGUUCUUCACUUGGUUUGUUUUAUCAUCUGUUUCUGGGGUUAUUCUAUUCACACAUCUGGUCUGAAUCCUAUAUUUUUGUGUUUGUGGUACAAAGAAAGGCAAUGGGGGGUGUAGUUGGAAAGAGUGAGUCCCCUAAAAAAGCAUGCACAUCUGAAACAAAACUUGACUCCAAAUUAGUUGGAGUGAUGCAACAAAGAGCAACUCAAGGAACUUCAAUGAAAUCAUUUGAUAGCAUAAUCUUAAAGUUCCCAAAGAUUGAUGAGAGCUUGAGAAAUUGCAAGACUACUUUUCAGCUCUUUGAUGAGGAUUCAAAUGGAGCAAUUGAUCAAGAAGAGAUGAAAAAAUGUUUCCAUAAGCUUGGAAUAUCAUUCACAGAAGAGGAUAUGAAUGAUUUUUUCAAAGCUUGUGAUUUCAAUGAAGAUAAGGGAAUAAAGUUCAACGAGUUCAUUGUUCUUCUUUGCUUAGUUUAUUUACUCAAGGAAGAUCAAGCUACACUUCACACUAAACUGAAAUCAGCAAUGCCGAAUUUAGAGGCGACAUUCGAAACAUUGGUGGAUGCAUUUGUGUUCUUGGACAAGAACAAGGAUGGUUAUGUGAGUAGGAGUGAAAUGGUUGAGGCUAUUAAUGAAACUACAUCAGGCGAACGCUCCUCGGGUAGGAUUGCAAUGAGAAGAUUUGAGGAGAUGGAUUGGGAUAAGAAUGGAAUGGUGAACUUCAAAGAGUUUCUUUUUGCAUUUACUAGAUGGGUUGGAAUUGAUGAGAUGGAUGAAGAAGAAGAAGGUGGUUGUGGUUCAUAAUUUCUAUAUGUAUCUAUCUAUGUAUUUGUGUAGUGUAUAUGUAUCUCCUCUUGGGAUGGAUUGGGAUGAUUUGAGAAGAGAAAAUACCAUUUUUAGAUUUUUAAGUUCAAGCAAAAUACUACCAUUUGUUUUCUCAAUUUAAAGAAAACAAAAGGUAGUAUUUCACUUAAAACUUAACAAAGCUAAAAAUAGUACAUUUUCCUACUUUGAGCUUUUCAUAAUAACUCUUGAUUAUAUUGAACAUGUAUGUGUAGCUGUAAA